AUGAGUGUCUUCAGCUUCAAUAAGAUCGUUCUUUUCGAAGUUAUUCUUCUAAUUGGUAAGUACACAGUUCUAGGCUCUGGCCGAGUGUAAACCAAGGAUUUUUAAACGUUUUCUCCAUUAGUUUUUACAUUCGCUCAAGACGACCUACAAAGUUGAUGACACGAAUUUUAAAAAAUAAAUCAAAGAGAAAAAAGCUGUAGGAAAAGUAAAUUCUAUGUAUCUGAAUAACCGAUUAUUAUUAUCCGGGGAGGCAACGACUCCUGUGCCGUUAUGCCAUCCAUAGAAAAAAAGAGGACCUGAUAGCAGGUUAUUAGUGUUACCUAGUUGAGCAAGUAAUCAGUUGAAACGUCCAAAAAACUAGUAUUUCAAAACAGGUCAAUCUAGAUACAAUAUUUCCUUAGAGCUGUUUUAUUCCCAAGCUCUAUUACUCCAGCCUUAGGAUGCGGCGCCUAGGUAUUUUAAUUGUGGCUCCAACCUUUUACAAUUACCUUUGCCUUUCAUUCAUGAAAGUGUUUAAGCUUUCUGUAAAGGAAGGGCAGAAAUUUCAAAAACGCCUGAAGGAUAGGAAAAGCGAGUCACUGAGGGAAAAACUUGCCUGAUCAAUACCUUACUUUAGGACUUACUUUGGAGGAUGUUUAGACUCCGCCUUCAGGCCCAACCCUUAAGUUUUUUUAGGUACUGCUUUUAUGCACCCGUAAUUGCAAGAUGGUACCUAUUUCAUGAACCUGAUCAAUAUCAUAGUAUACCUUCUGAAAACCCUAUGAAAUGGAAAUAAUUGCGCCCUGAACCCUUGCUUACAGCGCUGAUUCUUGGGCCGAGGUAGUUAAGACAUACGUUGGUGUUAAUGACCAAACUUAUAUUCUUUCUGCUUUUUGUUUGAUAUUCUUCACAGGAUUUGUCCAUGGAGGUAUGUAUAAAUAUGUUAAGAAUAAUCAUGGAGACAGGAAUUAUUAGAGUUUACUUAUAGAGAGUUUGUAAAGAAACAAUGUUUAUGAAUAAAAAUCAAAUUAACAUUCUCAGAGGGGAUUUGUUUUCCAACGAUUAAUUUCCGUAAAGAAAAUAAUUAUAUCUGGAAAUAAACAGCGAGUGAUGAUGAAAAAGCAACGCUCUCUUUGAUCUUUUCUUAUCCAAAAUGUUGAUCGGAUAUCGAUAAAGAAAGCAAUGGGACGACUAUCAGUUGUUAUAACCACUCCUUAUAAAAGUUAGCUUUGCUUUUAAUUUUUCUGCUCUGUGCUCUUUAACAACACAUAAUUUACAAUUUCAGACUGCAACUCGCCACUUGGUUUGCAAAGCGAGGAUAUUCCCAAUUCAGACAUCACCGCCUCCUCCGAGGUAAGCAACUUGCCUAAAUUUGUUGUAUUCAACUAUCGAAAAUUGCUACAUUUUCUUUCCUGAUAUGCUGUGGUAGAGGUUACCCAAGGCACAUGUCUAAAAAUUGCGACGAGCCAAUUAGGAGACCACAAGCUGAAUCCUUCUUAUUUUACAUGAAUGGUUUGCGCCAAAAUUUGAUUCAGCCGAUGUAUAGAGUGAGAAUCGCCCAUUGAUUUUUCUCCUAUUCCAGACCAUCUGAUUAUUUUGAGUACCAUGACUUGGCCUGAAAUGUUGCUAGGAAGCUGAAACAUCUGGAGACAUCAUGAUGAAAGAAAAUGAGAAUUGCUUAUUAGCUUUCCUCCUAUUCCAGACCAUUUGAUAAUUUUGAGUUCCGUAACUUGGUCUGAAAUGUUGCAACCAAGCAAGGGAGCUAAAACAUUUAUUUGUUUAUUUGCCAAUUAAUCGACCAGAUAUCUUAGAUUGGAGUUUCUUUAAAAUUUUUGAUCUUACUGGAAUGAAAUUUUAAAUGACUGGUGAGAUUGCGAAGGCCCUCUUACGAUUUAAAAUGGAGAUACAUUACUGUGACACCAUAGAUUCCUGAGAGUAAGAUAGGACAGAGGAAAUGAGGAAAAAAUCGGAUCUAGAACGGCUACCCUAUAAAUUCCUUCCAGUUAUAUCAUUUUCAGAGUUUAUCGAUCCAAAAUCGAGAAGCAUCGUAUUUACUUAAUCAUGAUCUUCCUUUCACGUUGGAAUAUAUAAAUAACAAUUAUUUAAAUAUCAUAUAAAUAAUUAAAAUAUCAUAUAAAUAAUUUCGUUUACAGUGGGCUGCAAACCAUGGGCCCAGCAAUGCAAGGCUCAAUCGUCCAGCUAGUGGAGGUAGAACUGGAGCCUGGUCUGCUAGAGCAAAUAAUAUGGGACAGUGGAUACAGGCGAACCUUCGUCAACUAACUCGAGUCACUAAGGUGGCAAUUCAAGGAAGACAAGACCAUCCACAAUGGGUUACUGCAUUUAAAAUAUCUUACAGUCUGGAUGGAAAACACUUUGAAUAUCAACAAAAGGUAUUUUUUUCAAUUGAAAUUUUUAAUGAAUUCAUAACACGUUGAAUAAUUAGAAUACUCCAGAGGUUGAAGUAGUUUGAACGUUGAAGAUGAAGUAGAAGCCAUGGCGUUUAAGGUGCUGAAUUGCGAGGGUAUUAAGCUGUUGACCCCUCUAUUUACCACUGUAAUAAAUAUUAUAUAAAUAUUAUAAAAACAAUACCAUUUUACGGAAACUGUUCGAUAAAAAAUUAACUUGGUUGGGAUUUUCGCUCUUUUUAAUAUCAAUCUGGUUUCCGUUUAGAUAUACUACGGAAACAAUGACAGAAACAGCAUUGUUUUUAACAUUUUAAUGGCACCGAUCGAGGUUCGCUUCGUUCGUCUACAUCCAUACGCAUGGCAUGGACAUAUCUCUUUGAGGAUGGAAUUUUAUGGUUGCAGCUUAAAGCCAGGUAAAAAAGCUAAUACAAAGAUCUUAUUAAAUAAGUUCCGUUUCGAGUGUCAUCAUGCCGACAAUAUUUGAGCUCAAAUGUGUUAACUGUAUGAAGGACAGAUGUUUUCCCACUCGAACAGUAAAUAUUUCUGAGAUAAGCGCCUUUAUUGUCCUCUCCAGAAGAUUUACCCACGCAAGCAAACUAGUAAUUUUUGCAAAAGACAAAUUAAGUUAAGAUGUUUACAUAUUGCUUUCAACAGAGUGCUUCGCCGUUUUAUUUAACCUUUUAACUCCUGAGAGUGGCUGGUCUCUAAUUUCUUCUUACAGUUUUACCCUUAAUCAAAUGUAAAGGUCAUGGGAAAAAAGGAAAUGAUGACCAAUUGAAGAAGCACAUAAUUUUCGAACAAAUUCUUCUUGUCAGUAACAUAGAAAAUGUAAAGAGAAUGAUGCGAAGGGGAUAAACAGUAAUGGUAGCCUGGAAAUAGAUAAUGACGAUAUCUAAUUUUUUCGAUAGAGUGCGCUCGCCCCUUGGGCUUGGAGAACUACCGGAUUCCUAAUUCAGCCAUUGCAUCUUCUUCGGAGGUAAGCCUUCUCCAGAUUCCUCAGCGAGAAUUUCAAUCUGUCGUAGUAUUCACGUGUAUCCUCUUUUUGUCUCUUAUCAUUUUAUUUUGAUUAACUCUCGCUUUAUUUUCUCAAGUUUCAUGUUUCAUUUUUUUAAAUUUUGACAUCGUUGAUGUAGAUUUAGUCUUGAACAUAUCAAGUUUAUCCAUUAAACGAUGAUCUCAAAACAAUGCAAUAUUCAUAUCAGUUAAAAAAAAGUUAGUCCAGUUUAUACUAUCAAUCCUAACAAAUCUACUAAUUUUUUGUAUUAAGUGGGACUCCAACCAUGGACCUACCAAUGCCAGACUUAACAGACCUAGUGGUGGCGGGAAGACUGGUGCCUGGUCAGCCAAGAGAAAUGAUAGAAACCAGUGGAUUCAAGUGAAAUUUCCUGAGGUCACUAAAGUGACAAGAGUUGGAAUCCAAGGCAGAUAUGAUUACAAUCAGUGGGUUACCAAGUUCAAAGUGUCUUACAGUCUUGAUGAUAUUAACUUCGUUAUCCUCGGCAAGGUGAGUUAAAUGUCACCCGAUGGUUAGUCUGGAUAGUAUUGAUUUUUCUAGCUAAGGUGAGGUGAGGUGAAAAAUGUCAGGGCUGUACGAGUUUUGUCAAGGUCCUUUACCUUUUGGAUUUACUACCUUGUGCAUAGCAGUAACACUAGCAGCACGUUGAUUAUUUUCCACCCUUAGAAAUCAUUGUUUAAAUAGCCUUAUCUCUUAACUUUUUCCGUGUUUUUACACGUCAAUUUUCAUAGAUAUACAACGGUAACAGCAACCGUAACAGCAUUGUGGUCAACGAUUUAGGGGCACCCAUUCAAGCUCGUGUAGUACGCAUCAAUCCAGUCGAAUGGUAUGGACACAUAUCCCUAAGGAUGGAGCUGUACGGCUGUCGUUUGCCAUCAGGUGAGAGUAUUUAGUGGAGUUUCUGACAAAAUUAAUCUUGUAUGGUAGAUCCAGAAUGAAAGAGAAAUUAAGCAACAAUGAAAUUUGUAUAUGAAUAUCACAGGAAGAACAAUCUUUCUUCAAUGGAAUCUGGAGUUCGACCCUCCCUCUGAUAGAAAUCUCUUAUCUCUAUCCCUCUGAUAGAUAUCUAUCCAUCGCCCUCAAACUGGAGGCUUAAAGUGUAAAUCGAACUCACACACUUAAGUUUUAUCUGGCCAGGUGUGACCUGAGCUUCUCAAUUUCUAAGGCAAAAUGUGAUGUAUCAUUAUAGAAUGCGCAACCCCCUUGGGAAUGGAGAACAGGGUUAUCCCCAAUUACGCCAUAACAGCUUCCUCAGAGGUAAGAAUUAUCUUUACUUGAGCUUAACCUUAUUAAUUGAACCUUAAUGUUCAAACGGACUCCACACGUGUGAGACCUUUUAUUUAGUUUUUAUUCAUCGUUUUUUGGUUAGUUUUCCUGCUUUUAUCAACUAUCGUUCCUCUCAGUAUUUACGGCUCUAAACAUCCUUGUUAAUGAACAAUUACAUUUUUGUUGCUAGAGCUUCCCCCGUGAUAAGUCUCGCUAAUUGCAAUCCCAAUUAAAACUAGAAAUAGUCGCGACCUCAACACUCGCAUUUUCCCGUGCGCAAGGUCUUUUUUGCCAACCCUUUUGAAUCCCCAUCGGUUGAAUUUAACUUUUUUACGAACUGCAUAUCUGGUCAUUAUCUGGUUUUUGGUGCUAUGACUGGAAAUUAAACCGUACAGUUUUGUCUAAUAUAACUAUUUCACUGUUAAGCUUUUCCAUUUUUUACAUAUCGCAAUGGUAUCAUGUUGCAAAACAUUACUUAUUCACAGUGGGCAGCAAAUCAUGGUGCGUCUAACGCAAGACUGCAUCGCCCAGCGGGAGGUGGAAGGACUGGUGCCUGGUCUGCCAAGACAAACGACAAAUCACAAUGGAUUCAGGUGGAUCUUCGUGGAAAAUUCAAAGUGACCAAGAUUUUAACUCAAGGAAGGCAUGAUUAUGCGCAAUGGGUGACCCAGUACAAGGUGUCCUACAGCUCAGAUGGGGUGCAUUUCAGUGAUCAAAAUAAAGUAAGUUCAAAACUUUCCAUUUUUACAGUUUUUUCAUCGUAUGUGCAGGGCUGAUAAUGCAUGCAGUACCACUGAAGUUCAAAAGAGUGCUUUAUCCACUGCUAAGCCAUUAUUUUAAUAUGUAAGAAAAGGAAUACACAACUCGGUCAUAUUGAUUUGAAUAUAGAGGUAUUAGAUUUAAAAGCAAUAAUCUUAUUACGUCCUUUUGUAGGAAAAUGCUCUUUUAACCAAAAGUCUGCCUCCUCUUUUGCAUCUUUUUGCAAGGUGUAUCAAGCCAACAAAGAUCAAAACACCGUGGUAGUGAACACUUUAGAGUACCCGAUAGAGGCGCGCUUUAUACGUCUCAACCCUAAACAGUGGUUUGGUCACAUCUCUUUGCGAAUGGAGCUUUAUGGUUGCAGUUUGAAUUCAGGUUUAUCAUUAGUUUGUUAAUUCUCUUGUCGAAAAUAAGUGUCACAUUUUAAGCUUUUGUGGCUAAAGGCUCAAACAACUUUGAUAGUGACACAGAUAUAACGCAAUACGUCGUAAUUUGAGGAAAAAAGGUUUUGUACAGAAAACUCCCAUUAAAAAAUCUAUUUUCAAGUAAAUUUGCAGCAUCUACAAUGGUUUAACUUUUAUCGGGUUUUGUUGCAGAAAAUCUCUCCGUCAACGAUAUGCAAAAUUUUCCAUUUGUUUAAAAGUUUUAACUUACAGACUGUCAGAAUAUGCAUGCUGCCAGCUACAGAAUCAGUUUUACAGAACAAAAUCUUAAUACAUUAACUAAAAAUACGUUCUUGCAAUGGUGACUGGGCAAUGAAAUACGCGCGGACUUUUUAUGGCAGGUGUAACAACUUAUUACGGACUUCUGCACGAACCCACAAAUUGGAAAGGAAAGGGUUUCGGUACAAUUUUGUACUUUUCGGAGUGCUUACAGUCAUUUCACAUCUCAUACAGACCAAUGAUCUCCUCGGCCCAUUAUGGAAAGGAAAAAUGUUUGCAAAUAUACAAAUCUAAAAGAAUUUGUGAAGCUUUUUUGGCUCUGCAUCUCUCCCAUCAGCAACAAAGAUCGAGGCCGCACGAAACAACAUGUCCCCUGAAGGACCUGGUACAGGAUUGGCUUAUCCCAGCAUUCAUUUGGAGCAGUAUUAGAAAAGUUGCAUAUUAAUAUAGCACAUGAAUGUUAAGCGAGUUAGGAGGGUUGAUUACCGUGAGUUAGUUGACUCAAUAAAAAUAUAACAUUGCCCUAUUUUACGCUUUGGUUGAAACCAUUUGCCUUCCCCAUAAUGUUUUGCCUUCUUUGGUAACAGAAUGCAUGUCUCCCAUGGGAAUGGAAAAUAAAUUUCUUCCAAACUACGCAAUUACAGCCUCUUCUGAGGUAAGUUUAGCGUUACAUAGAGUCUCUGCUUUAGUUUUGAGGCCAGUAUUACUUGUGGGAACAACAUAACAAAUGCUAACUUUUAGUUAGCAAAGAGCCCGUGUUUGUGGUGCGAAAUAUCUCGUUAAAUUGAAGAGCGUCAUAGAUUGAAUUACGCUCUUUAUAUGUAUGUAAUGUGUUUUAUACCGAGACAGGGCUAUGACUAAGCUCAUCCUUGCCAGUUCGCUCGUUUAGGUGAGCUAUCCUCGACAAAUAAUAAUGAGCAAUAAAUUGCAUAGUGAGCUAAAAAAAAUUAAGAACAGACAUGAGCUAAAAAUUCGCGAUCCAUGCAGGUAACCUUGAGUUUUGUUGAGUUGUUUUGUGGUCAGGAGUGGGCAACCUCUUGCCGGACGAACGUAGUGUGGAAAAAAACGUGUUCAAUCUUUCAGUCAGUAGCUAAAAUUUCAGAUACAGAGGUCUUGCGACUCAAAGGCGCUAACUCUACCAGGAAUUCAACAAAGCCAGCUGAACAGAUGGUCCGUUCUGCUAAAUGGGGUCACCGUGGAUAAGUAUCUAUUUAGACUUCAAGUCUGAGGUAUUUGUAUCUUAUUUCCCUCAGUGGGCGUCAAAUCAUGGAGCUUCAAACGCAAGGUUGUAUCAUAUGGCAGGCGGUGGAAGGACUGGUGCAUGGUCUUCAAGAACAAAUGACAAAUCACAGUGGAUUCAGGUGGAUCUUGGAACAGUCAAAAGAGUGACGCAAAUUGCCAGUCAAGGCCGAUCAGAUUAUGCUCAGUGGGUUACAAGAUACAGAGUGUCUUACAGCUCUUUUGGAAAAGUUUUCCACGUCCAAGAUCAUGUGAGAUAGUGAUAAUUAGAUUGUUGUGUGGUAUUUUUUAGGAGUUCCAUCAUACCCUCGAGAAUUAAGAGGUUGUUCUUUAGUGAAUAUACACUUUGGGGUUUGUCUAACGUUCACUUCAGAGAGAAUUUUGCGCCAGCUUGAGCAAUAACUAGACACGAUGUGCUAUCCGGAAAGGCUCACAUUGUUUAAAUCUGUUCCCCUUUUCAGUUUUAACAUACAUGUGCAAUACUUUUGCAUAACUAUUUUAGGUUUACCAAGCCAACAGUGACCAGCAUAGCGUUGUUGUAAAUACUCUUGUCAAACCAAUUGAGGCUCGUUUCUUCAGGAUAAAAGUUGAAGGAUGGCAUGGUCACAUUUCCAUGAGGUUUGAACUGUAUGGAUGUUAUGUUCAUUCAGGUUAGCAAUGAGUCUUACAUUUGGAAGUUCUCCCUGGAAAAUGCACUUUCCAAGGUUACACUGUUCGUGAUAAAUAAUAUUUGAACAAAAGAAGUUACUAAAGGAAAACUAGAUCAUUUUGAGUGAGCUGCACAAGUGUUAUUGUUUUAAAGCUAAGACACUUGUCUUUGGACCAAGGAACCUUUCUAGGAAAAUCUUGUUGACUGCGCCAUUAUAUGAAACAUAGAAUGAAAAAGAUGAUAAGUUUUGAGCUCGGUAAAGAAAUAGCGAAAAAUUCUUUUCGUCUGGUCACAAGCGUGGGACAAGUAAAAAAAAUAAAACAGCUCGGUGUCUCCAUGAGGAAUCCGCGCCCCGAUGCUCUACUAUCGAGCCAAAGAGACUCUAUGGUGAGCGAGGCCCGUUACGAGUAUAUGAAACAAAUCAAGAUCACCUGUGUUAAUAGGCUUCACCCCACGAUCUCCUGUGAUUAGAAAACUACACGCCUGCCAAACUCAGGUCACUUACAUGUAAAGCCUCUAGAUUCUCCAGAAUUGCUUGGAAAUGAUUUCAUUGCUAAGGAAACUAUCUCUAAUUUUCACGCUUUAGAGAUGGAAGCAGACCGAUUGAUUGGAGAGCUACACAACAAAUUAUAAUUUUUUCCACUUGAGGAUUUUUCCAACUAACGACCACUUAGUGUCAUCUAAUAUGUCCCGUGCAUUACUAACACUUGUCUAAAGAUUCCCUCUGAAUAUAGACUCCUACUGUAAUGGGCUUUUACUAAAAUUGCACUUUUAUUUAUUUUUAGCAUGUGUGUCACCCCUUGGACUAACCAGUAAGAAAUUACCAAACUCGGCAUUAACUGCCUCUUCUGAGGUAAGAGAGUUAUUUUUAGCAUUUGCACACUGUAUGCGCACACAUAUUCAUGAGCUCCUGGAAAAGCUAUGCAAAAAAGCUAGUUUUUUUUUAUUCGAUACAAUUUCUCCAUCACUUCCAUGUUCAUACACGAAACACCAAUCAUUCAAAUACUUUCCCAUAACCACUUGAUAUAUAUUUAUUGAUAACUACAUUGAUAUUGAUAUUUAUUUAUAUUUAUUGAUAAUCACAUAACCACAAGGAUCUUCAAUAUGUACAUGUGCUUUACAGCUUUAUUCAUUUUUAAGGAAAUUAUUUCAGAGCAAAUUUAUUGUCCCAUAUGUUGUCAUAGCUAUACAGAAAUUGGAUCUCUUUUCUUUUGCAAGUGGGCGGGAAACCAUGGGGCCAGCAAUGCAAGGCUCUACCAUGUCUCAGGUGGCGGGAGGACUGGAGCGUGGUCUGCUAAAUUCAAUAACAAGGGUCAGUGGUUAGAAGUUGAUCUUGGUGAGACGACCAAAGUUACAAUGGUAGUAACACAGGGACGGUACGACUAUGAUCAGUGGGUAAAAAGUUACAAAGUGGCCCACAGUAAAUAUGGCGAUCAUUUUGAAUUCCAAAACAAGGUAAGACGAAUAACGAGUACAUUUCUAAAGAAACUAUGGUGCUGCGCCGGCGGGAAAGUACAGCAGGGUAAUCAAGUAUUAUAAACUGAGUUGAUAAUGUAAAUUGACCACCGUUAAGAGUUUCAAAGCCGACGUUUCGAGCGUUAGCUCUUCGUUAGACCAAUGAAAAGGGGCCAACGCUUGAAACGUUAGCUUUCAAACUCUUUACGGUGGCCAAUUUAAGUUAUCAACACAGUUUAUAAUACUAAACAACCUUGUUAAGACGAACAACAUUUGCUAGUUUUGCUUCCAUGUUAUAACCUGGAUUAAUUAUUUAAAACUGCAUUGAAUUUAGGCUUAUAUCGCUUAGCUAAACAAAGAAUUCUCCAUAGCUUGGUCAACGUGGUUCUACUCCUGACACCACUAAUCUCUACCUGCGUUGUGUACCUGGUCCUGUAAAAUCGUUCGUGAUUUCAGGCCUAUCGAAAAAAAUCUUAUUCCAAACGACUAUUUCAUAAUAUUGAUUAAAAGUAGUGUUUAAACAGACUUUUCACCGCUACUCUGAUGCCAGCAGUAAAAAUUAUUCCAAGUGUAUAAAAUAAGUCACUAAUCUUGUCGCUUAACUUCAAUAAGAAUUAAAGGAAGGACAUAGGAAAUGGUUUGCCUGAGGCCAGCUUGAGAAACACUUCUCAUAUGUGAUUCACUUCUCACCUAUUGGUUAUCAGUAGAUUCAAACAUGUGCCUUCGCUUUUUGCUUAUUUUCAGGUAUAUCAAGCUAACGGAGAUAGGAAUGGUGUAAUCAUUAAUAGGUUGAUCCAACCAAUCGAAGCCCGUUUCGUCCGUAUUUAUCCAGAGACUUGGCACGGCCACAUAUCUAUGAGAGUGGAAUUGCAUGGCUGCGAAAUCCGGUCUGGUAAGGUCAUCUUGUUUAAAAUGGGCCUACGUUUACCAAAUUAAUGCCAAAACAAAAGAUUAUUGGAGGUUCAGGUGCCUUUUCUAUAAGUAAACAAUGUAAACGUCAUUGAAUGAUUCUAGAUUGAGUCAGAAUCGAAAUGUAAUUGAUGGAAAGCUUUCUGCCUGAAAGAUUUAUUAUCAGAUAGCUCUGAAUUUCUAAGUCUUUGCCACCUCAGAUAGGGAACCCCAAUAUAAAAUUUUCUUACCCAGAGCUUUAGGCGGUAGAAUCACUCGUCUGGUUUUAAAAUUAAAGUGCGGCUUGAAAAAAAAAACAAAAGUACUCAUCGUGCUUCCCAUUUUCGUUUCUUUCUCCUUUAACAUUCAUAUUAGGUUGUAAUCUUCCCCUGGGAAUGGAAAACUACCAUAUACCUGACUCAGCCAUAGCAGCUUCUUCAUGGGUAGGUUAUCUCGGUAUAAUUUUGUUUUUAAGACUCCAGAAAAUGUAUUUUUCCCUUAAUUUUACAGAAAAAUAUAAAGUGUGUAAUGACCAGAACUUGUUUGAAGAUGUUGCUUCCCCUAUGAAAGUUCUCUGAGCCAGUUUUUGUAUCGUGCAAAACUGUUCUGAAAUUAAAGGAGACCAAAAAAAGUUAUACGCUCCAUAGAGCAGAAGAAAGAUCUACACCGGAAAAAAACCGAGUAGGAAAAGAGCAAUUUCAUUACUGUUAUCAUUAGUCCUAUAAAAAUACUAGUAAUCUACCGUCUAACUACCGUCUUACAUCAAAACUUAAAUCAUCGAUAAAACUUUUUUUCUAAACUAGUGGGAUCCAAACCACGGACCAAACAAUGCCAGAAUCUUCCACAUGGCUGGGGGUGGAAGAAGAGGAGCUUGGUCUGCGAAGGCAAAUGACAAGGGACAAUGGAUUCAAGUAAAUCUUAGAAAAGCCAUGAAGGUGACCAAAAUUGGAAUGCAAGGUCGUCAGGAUUACGCUCAGUGGGUCACCAAGUACAGAGUGGCUUACAGCACGGAUGGUCAGCACUUUUCAGUUCAAAAUCAGGUGAGCGAAAACCACCCUUUAAGCAUUAUUUACUUGCCACUUUUAAGCUCUUAAUUAGUUUGCAUUUCCUGCAUUUUUUAGACGGAGGUCACGGAGUCAGGUCAGCUAAACAAAUUAAUGAAAAUAUCAACCCUGAAUCAAAAAUCUCUGCGAUACAGGAUGCACGCUUUUUUUAAAUGAUCACAAUUAAUUCGUUUUAUGAAAUCUUAUUACAACAACCGAUGAUAGUACUCUGGAAAAAGAUUCAACGGCUGGUUUUAUGCUCGAUGACUCGAGUCCACACACGCGGAUUUUCCAAAAGUAGAAAACCUGUGAAAACUUUUUGAAUGAAUAUAUGAUCUACCUCGAAACUUUGACGAAAUCAGAUUGAUCAAAAGUCGCAUUGAAGUUUCAUGAGUUAUAAACAGCAGUACCUUGGAUUUGACCAUGUUGAAAGUACAUAUAUUUAAUGCCAACGUAGUUUCGAGGGAAAAUUCCUACUCGAGAAACAAUGUGUUUUUGAAGCUGUUUGAUAAUCAUAUGCGAUACCAUUUCAGAAAUAUUCAGGAAACGGGGAUCAAAAUACUCUUGUCAUAACUGACGUGGCCCAGUCAAUUAAGGCACAGUAUAUCCGAAUCCUUCCUCAAGAAUGGCAUGGACACAUCUCUCUGAGGAUGGAGUUGUACGGCUGCGACACUUCAGGUGAUAAUUCCUUAAUUAGCAGUCCAUUACUUUUCUCCUCAUAACAAAACUAACAGAAUUACUUUAAUUUCGUGGCAAUUUAGGGGCUAUCGACGGUGGUUACUCCGAAUGGGAAGACUGGGGAGAAUGCUCGGUGUCAUGUGGAAGAGGAUCACGUUCAAGGAGACGAUCAUGCAAUAAUCCUGUUCCACGGAAUGGUGGUUCAGACUGCUCAUCCCUGGGACCUAUGGAGGAAUUUGAAUCCUGUAAUAUGCAGCCUUGCAGGGGUAAAGAAUGAUAAGACGAGAGGGAUACAACCAAUCCCUGUUUAUUAAAAAAAACCCCUUUGUUUCACAACGGAAAUAAAAGUUUGUAGAAUUGGCUAUCGACGGUUGAUUUAUUUAGAUACAGUGAGACGAAAAAGAUAUCUUAUUUGGUCUCAUAAUAUAUAAAAAUGUUUUUACUUGGGGGAUUUAUUCCCAUUUCUCUUUCAGUUUAGGCGACGCUUUGUUUGUUUCCAAAUGAUUAACGAAACUCACAACAAUUCAAAUUCAACUUAGUUGAUAACAAGCAGUCGAACGAAUACGUUCGCUGGGCUGGAUUAACUUAUGGCUGAAAGUGGUAAUCUUCACUAGAGUAACCUAUCUCACCAUUGACUCAAGAAGGAUCUCAUCCCGAAUAGUUUCGAAGCCGAACUUAACUAAGUUUUCAUCUUUCCUUCUCAUACGUUGGAGACUUUUUAUCCUCAUUGUUAUUUUUCCCGCAUGGAUAUGAUCCUGGAGGUACACACUUUGAUUUGCAAUUGGUGCAACGAAAUACUCCCACAAGGGCCACAGGAAAUAUUCCAUUACAACGUUAGGUUACCUGUGUUAGUACAUGGAGGUAAAAUGACCGAUUAAAUUCAUUUUAGAUUGUGACACCCCUCUGGGAAUACAAAGUGGAGAUAUUCCAAACUCCGACAUUACAUCUUCUUCCGAAGUAAGUUCAACAGGUGGUGAAUAGAAAAAUGGAUCGAUAUCAGUUACUGAAGCUGUAGAUAUUUUUUAAAUAUAGAUGCUUUCUACGAUUGUCUCUUAAUACUUAAUGAUGAAUGAUUCGUCUUUUCUAGUAGGGAAAUCGAUACUAACCAUUUUGAUAUUCCUGCUCUCCUUAGUGGGAUGCAAACCACGGGCCCAGCAAUGCAAGGAUCAAUCGUCCUGCUGGUGGAGGUAAGACUGGAGCCUGGUCUGCCAGAGCAAAUGACAUGAAACAGUGGAUUCAGGUGAACCUUCGUCAACUGACUCGUGUUACUAAAGUGGCAAUUCAAGGAAGACAAGACCAUCCACAAUGGGUUACUGCAUUUAAAAUAUCUUACAGUCUGAAUGGAAAACAUUUUAAAUAUCAAGAAAAGGUAUCUCUCUGAAUUGAAAUUAUAAUUAAUCCAAAACAUGUAGGCAAGAAAAUAUCAUGAUAUCCUCCAGCAUGUGGACUUCUUUAGUUUACAGAUCAUUUCAGUGGGCUAAAUAAUUUAGCAUUUAACGUACUAAAUUUCUUAGGCCUUGACCACACAAAAAGAAUUUAGUAACCCUUGUAUGUCACAGAGAGUUGCAACCCGACACUACUCAAAUUAUUGCAAUGAAAAUCUACACUGAAUAGAGAGAGAAAACCCUUAAAACCCCUUAAAACCCCUUAGUUAUCUUAAUGAUUAGCAUGCAACCUAUCUUGUCAAUUUCGAUUUAUCAGCUGUAUGUAAAAUUGAAUAUGAUUGGAUCGGGGUGUAAUAUAGUCAGAUCAUUUCAUAAUCAAAUCCUUUGAAACACUUAAUCAGUAAAGACACGAAGCAUAAAGGAAUAAUCUAGAAAGGGUAUAGCAGAGCUUGAUUAAACAUCAGUUUUUAGCUAUUAAGCCAAACUCUCUAGAAACGUAUUCUUUGCUUGUAUUUUUUUCUACAGAUUUACAAUGGAAACAAUGACCAAAAUAGUAUUGUCGUGAACACCUUGGUAGAACCAAUCGUUGCCCGGUUCAUCCGCCUUCAUCCGUACGUCUGGCAUAGACACAUUUCGUUGAGAAUGGAGCUUUAUGGUUGCACACUAAGACAAGGUGAUACGAAAAUUCCUAUCAGAGCCCCUGUUAACCACUUGCUUUCGCUGGUUUCCUUUUCGUGAAAAUCUUAAGCAUGCUAGCGUUUAUUCAAACGGCAAUAUUCUAUACACAUUUCUUGCAUUGUUUCCAUUAAGGUAACAACCCAAUUUUUCUCAAUCAUAAAUCAGUGUAAUUAACAUUGCCUGCUUUUCCUCUUCAUCCUUUUUUGACUUUGUAGAAUGCAAAUCUCCCCUGGGUAUGGAAAACUACAGGAUCCCAAAUUCAGCAAUCACAGCCUCAUCAGAGGUAAAAUAACGGUUAUAUGUCAUUGAUUUUUUAAUUCUUAAAUUACUUUCAGAAAAUUCUUUAUGGAUGAAAGCAUUAUCACGAACCGAUUAGAGUUUGAAUUUCUUUAUUAAUUUUAUAUGCAGCAUUAAUUCAGAAUUUAUUGUCCUUAUGCAAAGCUUUCAAAGCCGUACCCUGUUGCUACAAUUUCCUCGGAACGUAAGUGUAAGACUAACUGUAUGUGUUUUAUGAAUGAAUGUCGGACAAUGUACCUAUAAAUUACCCCUUCAAACCGAUGAAAUGAAUGAAAAAUCGAACCAAACAAUCGACUGAUGGGUUGGUCAAUGGAUCUAUCUAUCAAGUAAAUGAGUGACUUGAUGGUUGGAUGACCGAUUGACAGAAAUCGAUCGAUCUCUUAGUAAUAAAAUUUGUUUACAUUAUUGCUCCAAGUGGGGCGCCAACCAUGGACCAACCAAUGCCAGACUUAACAGACCCAGUGGCAGUGGGAAAACUGGUGCUUGGUCAGCCAAGAGAAAUGAUGCAAACCAGUGGAUUCAAGUAACGUUUUCUGAAGUCACUAAAGUGACAGGAGUUGGUAUCCAGGGUAGAUAUGAUUACAAUCAGUGGGUUACCAAGUUCAAAGUGUCUUAUAGUCGUGAUGGUAUUCACUUCGUUAUCCUCAGCAAGGUGAGUUAAAUAUCACCUAACUAAAAGAGUGAUACUUGCCAGUUUCAUUACGGCAACACUUGAAUUAAGGAUCAAGAAAUCUACUUACUCUAAAAAUUAAGAAACUAUAGUGGCUAUUUUGUUCUCGUUAUCACCCAGGAUAUUAUUGGUAUUAUCAUUACUGUUAUUAUUAUUGUAAUUACAUUUGUUAUCUUCAUUAUAAUAAUUAUAACUAAUUAUACCAAUGCCUAAAUAGCAUCUUAAUAAUUAAGCUAUGACUCAAAUUGCUUUGUGACUGUUGUCAUAACCUGUUAAAAAUAAAUCCCAGUAAUGCAUUUAAUUAUAUAAUCGAUGUAUCGAUGAUUAGAACAGACAUGAUAUGCCUAGAUUUUUCAAUUACCUGUUGCAUAUAAAUUUUCAUAGAUAUACCAAGGAAACAACAACCGAAACGGAAUCGUUUUAAACGAUUUAGGAACAUCAAUUAUAGCUCGUGUAGUUCGCAUCAAUCCAGUUGAAUGGUAUGGACACAUAUCCCUGAGGAUGGAGCUGUACGGCUGCCGUUUACCAUCAGGUGAUCUUUACUUCGCUACCAACUUAUAGUUACCUAGGAAUUAAAACCACAGUAAGAGAGAGAGAAACGUUUAAGGGGUGGGGGUGGUUGGGGAUGCUUACAUGGGGGGUUUUGAAUGAGGGAGCGUGUUGCCAAUGCGUGGACAAUUGGCUCUGAUUUUACUAAGUGCAAAGUUGAAUCUAAAGUGUAUAACAAAAUGCUGAUUGGACAAAACAAACAAUAGUAACGGAACAAUGUAUGCAAUUACAACGGAAGUUUUGAAUCAACAUGACAAAUUUGAUGAUUACGUGUAGGUUACUCCCAUUGAACGUGGAUAGAUUCUUUGCAUUGGUCUUACGUUGGAAAGUUGUGGGUGCGCGGUCAAAAAUGCUAAAACACUCAUCAGAACAUAGAGUGCGACAUUGUGGAGAAUUAUGUAAAUGUUUGAAAAUUUUGAGAGGUCCUAUGACUAGAAAACUAUUUUUGUGAAGUGAUAUCAACACUCUACAUACAACCAUUACUACGUUCGAAAUUAUAAAAUUAUUAACUGAGCAAAUGAAAAUAAAUUGCCUUUCAGAAUGUUCCAGACCUCUGGGUAUGGAAAACCAGCUCAUCCCCGACUACGCCAUAACAGCAUCUACUGAGGUAAGAAACUGUGCGAGAAACCUGCUUAGCUAUGGUAAAUUAGAUUUGAUUACAUCAUUUUAAAAUCUUGAUGCAGCAUUCAUUUAUAGAAAUUAUCUGUAAAAUAAAGUAUUUUGAAUUCAUUGGUUUAUUAUAACUUAGUGGACAGCAAAUCAUGGAGCCUCUAAUGCAAGAUUGCACCGCCCAGCAGGCGGUGGAAGGACUGGUGCCUGGUCUGCGAAGAGAAAUGACAAAUCACAAUGGAUUCAGGUGGAUCUUCGUGAAAGAUACAAAGUGACAAAGGUUCUAACGCAGGGAAGACAGGAUUAUGCGCAAUGGGUGACCCAAUUCAAAGUUUCAUAUAGCGUGGACGGAACUAACUUUAUAUUUCAGAACAAGGUCAGUGCUAACGAAGUUGAAGCCGCGGGCUUUGUUUUCCAGAGGAGGCAUUGAUCGUUUUACGAUAUAUGCAUUCGGUUACCUUCACUUGUUUAGGUGUACCAAGCUAACAGCAACCAGAAUACAGUUGUGGUGAACGCUUUAGAGAAGCCCAUACAGGCGCACUUCAUACGUCUUCAUCCCCAGAAGUGGUAUGGUCACAUAUCUUUGAGGAUGGAACUGUACGGCUGCAGUUUGAAAGCAGGUCAGUCUUUUACUAAUUAUUAGGUCAUAAGGCUUCUAGGUCAUCUUUAUCGAAUAGAAGAGGAAAUUCUCUGAAGUCUAUCAGCGAAAAGUAUGGUACCAUGAUGAAUAUAUUUACCAUUCCUCAAUUUUACCUCACUAAAGCAGUCUAUAGAAGUUCUAGUCUUGUCUAGACUUGUGGUUGAAAAUUGAGGAAUUUUUCUUGAAGAUUUCAUAUCCGAAGAGUUUCUAACAGACUUUUAGCUGGUAAACGAGCUUGAUAAUAGCGUAGCCUGUAGAGAAGGCGUAAUUUUGGCGGGCGAGUGCUCAGCAUUAUCUUUGUUCUCAGAUUGUACUUCGCCGAUGGGAAUGGAAAAUAAGAUGCUACCAGACUACGCAAUUACAGCCUCGUCUGAGGUAUUUUUAUGUAUCGGUUUUCUCUCAUAUAGUCAGUCUACGCGACAUAAAGCAAUUUUUGAUCUGGGGUUACUUUUUGUUGUGUUUCAUCUCGCUCUGUGAUCGGUCAAGAAAACUAACACCGGCAACUGAAACUAUCAGAUUAAAAUGCGAAAUUGAUAGGGACGUCUUCGACUCCGUUUUCAUAGUCUCAUUUUCAAAUAUCUGUUCUCUAUGAAUGUCUUUUACAACAUUGCUUUUGAUUUAGGUUUCCCUUACACUUACAUGUAAUUCUAAUCGGAAAAAAAACCAAAAAAAAUUAAGUAGAACAGUUAAUAGGAACCUUUUAUUCCCAAUUCAAUCCACUCAAUACACACAACAGGUCUUUUCUGAAUAGCCCACAUUAAUUGCAUGAAUUUUAUCAACUUUGACCCACCUCAUUUUCACAACGCUUUCAUUUUCUCUUCACAAAGUGGGCUUCAAGUCAUGGAGCCUCAAAUGCGAGGCUGUACUUUAUGGCAGGUGGAGGAAGAACUGGUGCAUGGUCUGCCAGAACAAAUGCAAAAUCACAGUGGAUUCAGGUGGAUUUUGAAAAAAUGAAGAGAGUGACGCAAAUUGCUAGUCAAGGCCGUUCAGACUACGCACAGUGGGUAACGAGAUACAGAGUGUCUUAUAGCACAUUUGGAAAGACGUUUAAGUCCCGCGAUCAUGUGAGUUACAUCAAGAAAACUUCAUGUAAUAUCAUGUCCUAUUCCGAUACAAUGGAGAGCUUUCAAUUUGAUUUUAAUAGGUCAUUGAAUACCAUUUUAAUUCUUGGAAAUUAGACUUGCUGCUUCGUGGAAGAUACUAUAAAACAAAGGAAAUACGUAAGGAGGAUUGCUUGUUUCCCCUGACUCGAACCACCUUAAGGACACAAAUGUAGUAAUUCUUGUUACUUUCUAAUACUUUUAUUGUCAAAAUCGUUGGUUUCAAUGUGUAAGUACUCGCCCUGACCCUUCGUUCAAUACCAAGCGUAAAGUAAUCCCUAAAUUAAAAUUUUUGGCUAAGGAACGAAAAGCAAGCGAUGAGAGUCAAACGCCAAUGCAGAACUUAUCAUUGAUAUAAUUAUCAUUAUUAUUUGAAUGACUCUAAGAGUAAUGAGCAAAAUUGUUCCAGUGAUAACAGAGUUGCUUGUGCUCUGAUUGGUCGAGGUUUUCGUCAUAUCACGCUAUAAUUAUCUUGCUCAAGGUGAUUAUAGCAUCAGCACGAAAUUUCAAAAUAGCAGCUUUGCGUUUUGUCAGGCCACCGAGGAAGUGACAAACGGAAUAGAAGUAAAAUCUAAGUUUGGUUUAACAGUUUUCAAAAUAAAGAUGUCAAGUUUUUGCUGAUUGAAAUAAAUAAACCUGUUAAAUUCUAGGAGAGAGUGGAGCUUAUCUCUGUACGAGUAAUCAAACAACUUUGAUAGAAUGAUUACAAAAAACAAAGUGAAUUUACAACAGGAUUCGAAAGCACGUAAGAAAUUAUAUUCAAACAAUUACUAAUCUCAGGCUUAGUGAAUAUUGCGGAAUAAUUCCCUCGAUUUUGUCUCGGGGAUUAUUCAACAAUAUUUUCUUCGCCUUCGGCGAAUACAUGUUAAACAUUAUUCUUAAAAAAUAAAUCUUAAUUCAUUCUUAGAUCGCUCUUGAUUUCGGAAAUCCCACAAUUGCUUAGAAAUGGGCGAUUCUGUGCUUCGAAUCUUGCAUGUGCUGGGUAACCUGCAUGAAAUUAAAAAGGGAGUGUAUUCAUAAAACCAACAGGUUUAGGGCGAGCUAACGUUACAAGCUCGUGAUCGUUUACCCGACGAGCCAUAUUUGAUUUGGAAGUUAGGUUAGACACCCCACCCCUCUCCUUAUUUUGACCGUCAACUGACCCCCUUGGUACAAAUUUAUUUUUCUCCUCAAUCUUUCGCUGCCAUUAAAAUCAAAUGGCGGCCAUUAUUUUUUGUCAAGAAAAUACUGAGCACUCGCUUGCCAAACCACCUGCUUUGCAGGCUACUAAAACCCGUAAGAUAUAUAUGUAAAGAUACUCUUUUUGUUCUUAAGAAGAAAUAUUUUGCGUACAAGUUCAACUUUAUUUGUGGAACAUGGUUUACGAUAGGUAAUUCAGCUAAAUGCGCACUUGGCUUUAAACUGUCUUCCUGAAAUUUUUUUUUUUAAACUUGUUUCCAGGUUUACUCAGCUAACAGCGAUCAACACAGUGUUGUUGUCAAUACCCUCGUCAAACCCACUGAAGCUCGUUUUUUCAGGAUAAAUGUUGAGGGAUGGCAUGGCCACAUUUCAAUGCGGUUUGAACUGUAUGGAUGCGAUGUUUUUGAAGGUAGAGUUUGAUGUUUUUAUUCAAUUUAUUCUUCGUUUGUUUGUUCGUUCAGGCAUUUUGGCCAUUGCAAAUGUUGGGCGCAAUUGUUACUAUUAUUGUUAUUAUUUUAGCUAAUAUUUCAACUGUGAUGGGCACGCUGAUGGUAAACGUACCAGGUUAUAGCUGUUGAUCAUGACUUUUCAUCCUGUGAUUAUGAGAUAAAUGCCGAGUCGUGUUGAGGAUGUUUUCCAAUGGAGCUUGUGAGCAUACUCAAACCAUGGGGAAGAACACAAUUAAUUUUUCAUUAAUGAGUAACGUAACGUUGCCACAUUCUGUUUAUAAUACAACAGAGCAAUGCAUGAUACAUAGAUACUUAUAUGUUUUAGCAUGUGUGUCUCCGCUCGGACUAACCAAUAAGAAAUUACCUAACUCGGCACUGACUGCGUCUUCUGAGGUAAGAAAUAUCCUUACAGUUCUUCUUCUCUACCAAACGAUUACAAUUGAGUGAUUGGGUAAUUUUGUCGUCGUUAUCAUGCAGAGAUGACAGCGGUCAACGUAGUGUGAUGCAGAAGUAAUACGCUCAUUCCUUUAUGUUGUCAGUGGGAUAGAAACCAUGGACCCAGCAAUGCAAGACUCUAUCAUGUGUCAGGUGGUGGAAGGACUGGAGCCUGGUCUGCUAAACUGAACAAUAAAGGUCAGUGGUUGGAAGCAGAUCUUGGUGAAACGACAGCUGUCGCCAUGGUGGCGACUCAGGGACGAUACGACUAUGAUCAGUGGGUGAAGAGCUUUAAAGUGGCUUACAGCAAGUACGGGAGUCAUUUUGAAUUUCAAAACAAGGUAACUUAUGAAAUAAAUCGAAAAUUAAUUGCAUAACUUUUUAACUUUCAUGAGUGACCAAGACAGAAUUUCUCCCUACAAUAUCAAUACAAUAUCAACCAGAUAAGUGAUGAAAAUAAAGAAAAAUAUCAAUUUAGGGAUAAUUAGUUGAUCCAAUACUAAAUUCUCUGAACUAAUAUUAUAAGAAUUUUAUGGUUGACAGUAAGGAGAAUUAGAAAUUUGAUCUGGAAGUUAAAGGGCUAAGUAAAAGGCCUCAUCUUAACCGAUAUUUAAGGGAGAGGACUGAAACUAAAAGAAUCAAAGCAAACCUAUCAUUAUCAAUAUCGCGUCAACUAGAACUACCACUUCAAUUGCUAUGAUAACCAUAGUCAUUAUCGUUAUCAUUAACAUCCUUUUAAUAAGGGCCGUUAUUGUUUAUGAUCUUUAUUAACGAUCUCCCGGGUGAAACUUUAGGCGGGGUUAGGGCAGUGUUAUCCGCUGAUGACACCAAGUUGUAUAAAAACGUCAGCUCUGUCAGCGAUUGCCUGUCUCUGGAGACCACUCUAGCAAACUUGAAUGCUGGUCGAAGGUAAAUAACAUCAACUUCUUCACCUCGAAAUGUAAAACGCUUACUGUGACGCGGAAGAAAACCCCCUUGAUUUACGAGUACACCGUAGACAAUACACAACUUGAGCAAGUGGCCGCGGAAAAAGAGUUACAAUUACGAGUACGAUGUAUUGGCACUCUCAUAUAUACACCAUCACCGCUGAAGCCAACAAGCUCCUUAGGCUCCUAAAGCGGACAUUUCUCUAUCUAACUGACACGUCUACCCGGCGUAUGCUAUACUUAUCACCAGUCAAGUCACAACUCUGCCACGCUACUUAAGUCUAGUCGCCUGCUCAGGUUUCCCUGAAGGCACAAGUCGAGCGAGUGCAGCGGCGCUACCAGAUGGAUCUUACAAAACCGGAUUGGCGAGAUGUUCUUCAGACUCAUUACCCUGGACUUACUCCCUCUUACCUAUGACAGAGAACUGAAAGACUUGGUAUUCCUUAAUAAGUGGUUAUUUAAUCAUAUUCACCUUGAUGUACAUAUUUUCACCAACUUUAUUACUCACGGCCUUACUAGACUAAGUAACUUCUUUAAUUUAAAAACACUAAUCUGUAAAACGAGCGCUUUUCAGGCCUCCUACUAUAAUCGCAUUUUAAAACUUUGGAAUUACUCUUGUUUUGUUGCUCCCUCUUCUAGUUUUUCGAGUCCGCUUUCCUUCCAGCUUUUCGUUAAACAAACACUUUUUGACCGCCUGAGAACGUCCUUUGACAUUGAUUAGCCCUGCACGUGGACACUAGUUGGAACUUGCUCGUGCCACAAGCUACAGUUGCUGCUGACACCACAAAAACUCGUUAUGAUUUAGAUUUCUCGUGCUUUAUUUUAUUUUAACGGUGCCUCGCAUGGGACGCCAGUCCCGGUCGCACCUGCCCUUUCGAGUCAGAAUUACUUUUGUUCCUAUCUCCAUUUAUCUUUGUCUCUAUGUGAUAUGUUUUUGUAGUUAGUACUAUGUUAUAAACCCAAUAAAGUUGUAAAAAAUAUAUAUUGUCAUCUUUAUUACUUCCUCCGUCUAACGAUAGCCACUACUCAAUAAUUAGCAAGGUUACAGUUCUUGAUUGAAAUCCAAAAUAUAAGGUAAGACAUCGUAAUCGUUAAGUGCCAUUUCAUUUUGAGGAUGUUGUAUUUUGCAGGUGUAUGAUGCAAAUACCGACAGAAACAGUGUAAUCGUCAAUGAAUUGAUUCGACCAAUCAAGGCGCGUUUCGUUCGCAUAUAUCCUGUGUCUUGGCAUGGGCACAUGUCUAUGAGAAUGGAAUUUUAUGGCUGUGAGAUCCAUACAGGUAACUGCAAAUCGCUUAAUCUGGGUGGUUUCUUCCAAUAAAUAAAAUGUUGCCAAAUCCUUCAAAACGUAUUGAACAUAAAUGGCGAUCGUAUCAGCACUCAGCAGAGUAUCCAGGGGACUUCGCUAUUCAAGAGGAGGCUUCAGGAGUGAAAAAAAGGUUUCCUUGAAUUUCCUUGUCCUUGCAACGAAAAUAAACAAUAUAGCGGUGUACGAAAAAUUUAUAUUUCACUGAGAUCAAUAUUGUUGCCCCUUUGUCAGAGGAACGUGUUGCCGGAAUGAUCGGCGUCCCACGCAGGAGAGAAUUUUCGCAGUCAUCUUCCAUGAGGGGACACCUCUAUUUAUGGGUCCCUUGUACUCGUCCUGAGGGAGUGCGAGGGUUCCUCAGCAAACGUUUGCCAUUGUCUCCAUUUAGAUAGAUAAAUACGUCAUUAAUUUACGUUCUUAAGAUAUAUUUGAUAGCAAUAAAUGCAUAAAAAUCUUAGAAAGAUUGUUGCGUCGAUGCCGAAAGAGGUUUGCGACUGAAUUCACCUACGUAGGUCAGAGAGGCCGCUGUUGUUGAUAACCUGAUCAUAUUUAAUUAAUUAAACGCAUUUUAAAAGUUAACUUGAUGUUUUUAUCUUAUUAGAAUGUUCGUUGCCCUUGGGAUUGGAGAAUAACUACUUAGCAGAUUCAGCAAUAACUGCUUCGUCAGUGGUAGGUUGACCUAAAGUUAUAAGCUCCAGGUUAAACUAAAGGGAUAUAAUUGGAAACUUAUCUCACCGAUCACGAUUAGGCCUUUUUUAUGAAUGAGCUUCAUAGAGGAAAAGCGUAAAUGCUCUCAUCAGUCCUCAAUAAUUUAAAUAGCAUGGUAACAAUGUAAUGAAAAAUAGGUGUAAUUUUUUUUUUAACAAAUCAGUGGGAUGCAAACCAUGGACCAAAUAAUGCCAGAAUAUACCGCAUGGCCGGAGGUGGAAGAACAGGGGCCUGGUCUGCGAAGACAAACGACAAGGGACAAUGGAUUCAAGUAAAUCUUGGAAAAAUUACCACGGUGACCAAGAUAGGGAUCCAGGGUCGUCAAGAUUACGCUCAGUGGGUCACAAACUACAUGGUGUCGUACAGCCAGGAUGGUCAACACUUUGCAAUUCAGAAUCAGGUGAAUUGUUCUUUCAUAGAAAUUAAACCUCAUUCCCUCACACUCGACAUCAAAUAAGUACCAAACUAUGUUACCGGAAAUGAAAAGGUAUUUGUGAAAGAGGUAGGCAUCGACAAGAAUGACUGAAGUGAAAACAUUUUAUUUUGAGUAGCUUUUGCCUACCACUGUUGGGAACCAGAUCAGGUCAGUUUUAGUGGCAUUCUUUGCCAAAAAGCUACGCUCAGGGCGCUCCUUCACAUCCGACAGUACACACAGGGAGGGUAGCAAAUCUUCAGGAAAAAGAUUUCAGACGCGUUAAGUGCCCUUAACCGACAGACAUCCUUAGUAAGAGGAGAAGAGACGCUUUCACUCUCUACUUGCCAAAGAAAAUAGUGCUCAAGGAAGCAGCCACCUAACCCACCAUUAACAGGUCGUGUCAAUAUAAUUUCGUUUCGUUUAAUUGCAAUUUUAGGAAUAUGUUGGGAGUAAAGAUCAGAAUACCCUCGUUAUCAACGACUUGAUAAAAUCAAUCAAGGCACAGUACGUCCGCAUCCUUCCACAAGGAUGGCAUGGACACAUCUCAAUGAGAAUAGAGCUCUACGGUUGUGUCUCAAGUAAGAUAAAACUCUUUAACCUAAGCAGCGGAUCAAAGUUUAUUUUAAGGCUGGCAUGAACUCAAAAGACAUUUUGCUUUACAAAGGAACAGUUUAUGGCGGAUACUAGCUCUUUUGAGUUCUAGGCGGUUUGUUUAUUCUUGCUUUGAGUUCUUCUCGCUUAGGGACAGUUUGGUAAAUGCAGUAAGUCAUACGCUAGCGCACAACGUGUCGAGCGCUAAGGCGAAGAAAAGAGGAUACCGCGAGAAGAAUUCAAAGAAAAAAGAAACAAACCGCUUAGAGUUCAAAGGGGCUAGAUGAACUAGAUAAAGAUAAAGCGAACUAAAGGAUUGCUUUCGAACCCCAUCCCUCAAGUCCUCUUAUUGACUAUGCUAUUAUAACCACAGUAAUUGAUGGUGGUUUUACUGAAUGGAGUGAGUGGAGCGCUUGCUCGGCAAAAUGCGGCUAUGGAAUACAAGAAAGAGUGCGUACAUGCACCAGCCCCUCUCCGUUAAAUGGUGGAAAAGACUGUGAAGGAGCAAACAAGCAGCUUCAGACAUGCACCAGCGGUGAAUGCUCCGAAUCUAGUAAGUGA